UGAGGAAGUGAGGAGGGAGAAGAUGAGGAAGGAGGAGAGGAAGUAGGGCAGCUCCUCUGCAGGGGAGGGGCGACUGCUGACAGAGAGGGCGAGUCCCAUAGAGACGGAGAGAGAGAGCGCUAAUACUGAAUACUGCUGUAGCAUCAACAUCAAGCUAAUAGACAGACAGACAGACAGAACAGCAUCAGGACCAGCAGCUCCUCCAUCUUUCUCCUCCCUAUGAAGGAGAACAUGGAUCCAUGAAGCUCAGGAUGAUCGGUGUGUGAUGCGGCGGCUGCGUUGUGGUAGCCAGGAGUCGUUGCUAAGCGCCGGCUGUGUGUCGUCUCUGGAGCUCACAAUGGACCAAUCAGUGAUCAUCAAACCCGUCCACUCCUCCCUGCUGGGACAGGACUACUGCUUUGAGGUAACGACGUCGACGGGCACCAAGUGUUUCUCAUGUCGCUCGGCGGCUGAACGAGACAAAUGGAUGGAGAACCUGCGGAGAGCCGUCCACCCCAACAAGGACAACAGCCGGAGACUGGAGAAUGUCCUGACGGUCUGGGUGAUAGAGGCCAAGGACCUGCCAGCCAAGAAACGGUACUUCUGUGAGCUCUGUCUGGACGACAGCCUCUAUGCUCGGACGUCCUGUAAGCUGAGGACAGACAACGUGUUCUGGGGAGAACGCUUCGACUUCAGCAGCCUUCCGUCCGUCUCGUCCGUCACGCUGCACCUCUACAAGGACACCGACCGCAAAAGGAAGAAGGACAAGAGCAGCUACGUGGGAUUGGUCAACAUCCCCGUUGCCACGGUGACCGGCAGACAGCUGGUGGAGAAGUGGUACUCAGUGAGCACGCCCAGUACCAGCAGAGGGAAGUCCUCGGUGCCCACGGUGCGGGUGAAGGCCCGCUACCAGAGCAUCGUCAUCCUGCCCAUGGAGCAGUACAAGGAGUUCGCCGAGUACAUCAGCUCCAACUACCUGCUGCUCUGCUCCACCCUGGAGGCCUCCAUCAGUCUCAGGGCCAAGGAGGAGCUGGCUGCUGCCCUGGUGCACAUCCUGCACAGCACUGGCAAGGCCAAGGACUUCCUGACAGACUUGAUGAUGUCAGAGGUGGACCGUUGUCGUGACAACGACCAGCUGAUCUUCAGAGAGAACACACUGGCGACAAAAAGCAUCGAGGAAUACUUGAAGCUGAUCGGACAAAAGUACUUGCAGGACGCCCUGGGUGAGUUCAUCAAAGCCCUGUAUGAGUCUGAUGAGAACUGUGAGGUGGACCCGUCUCGCUGCUCCACCUCCGACCUGCUGGAACAUCAGGCCAACCUGAGGAUGUGCUGCGAACUGGCCUUCUGCAAGAUCCUGGACUCCUACAGGGUCUUCCCCCGGGAGCUGAAGGAGGUGUUUGCGUCAUGGCGUCAGGAGUGCGGUAACCGGGGGCGACCAGACAUCAGCGAGCGUCUGAUCAGCGCCUCGUUGUUCCUGCGCUUCCUGUGUCCCGCCGUGAUGUCACCAUCGCUGUUCGACCUCAUGCAGGAAUACCCCGACGAACGCACGGCCAGAACACUGACGCUGAUCGCCAAGGUCAUCCAGAACCUCGCCAACUUCAGCAAGUUCGGCACUAAGGAGGAGUACAUGCUGUUCAUGAAUGACUUUGUGGAGCGCCAGUGGAGCAGCAUGCAGCGUUUCCUGCAGGAGAUCUCCAACCCCGACGGCCUGAACCACACCGCUGGCUUCGACGGGUACAUCGACCUGGGCAGGGAGCUGUCCAGCCUGCACACCCUGCUGACCGAGCUGGACCAGUCGUGUCUGCUGAAGCUCGGUCCUCUUCCUCGGAUCCUCAGAGACGUGUCUUCAGCUCUCUCUAACCCGGGAGGCGUGUCCACCGUGGGAGGCGUGUCUGUUUCUUCACCUGAGCCGCAGCGUGUAGUGUCCCCGCCCCCUCUGUCCCCGCCCCCUCUGUCUCCGCCCCUUUCUCCUCCUCUGGCAGCCUGUAAUCCCUCCAUCGGCCUGCAGAGCGGCAUGGGACUGGAUGGAGGGUUGGUAGACUUCACCAGACUUCCGUCUCCGACUCCAGAGAACAAAGAUCUGUUCUUCGUCACUAAAGGUUCCAGUCUGCAGCCUGCAUCAGGUCUGCAGGGUUCUCCAGCUCCGAGCUCUUCGUACUCGGAGCCCAAUGAGAACGAGGCGGCGUUUGAAAUGACCAACGGGGGCCGGAGGGAGGGGCCGGAGCUGACCAAUGAGAGCCGCAGCCUUUCUCUGGUCGACCUGCAGGACUCCUCCCCUAGCGACGGCCUCGACGACGGCCAGUGGCACCGCAGGACCGGGCUUCUCCCUCUCUCCUUCCAGAACCCCGUCUAUCACAUGACUUCCACGUCGCCACGGCAACCCCAGCAGCAGGCCGACGCCACGCCGUCGGACGGCUCGGCGGGAUCGCAGGGGAACGCCGACGACAGGAACGCUGUGGCGACCAAACCGGCGUUCCUCACCCAGAUGUCAGUGGGGCUGGGGGGAGGGGAGCGGGGGGACAGGAUGUCGGCCAUGUCCAGCAGCAGCAGCGGGGAGGAAUACUCCCGCCGGGCGCUGUCCCUUACCGACACGCUCACAGGUAGCUCUGCCCCCCCGCGGCAGAACUCCUCGGGUCCUCAGAGACGUAUCGAUCAACCGCCGCCUCCUUCCUCGGCUCCUCCGGGACCGCCUCGGGGCCGGACACCUCCCAGCAUGCUCAGCGGUGGCAGUGGCGGAGGCCCCGCCUACCCUCCACGCCCCGCUUCUGGCAGCAUGAUGUCAUCGAGUCCUGAUUGGCCUAGCAGUGGCCAAUCGCGGCUCAGACAGACGUCAUCGUCAUCUAAAGGAGACAGUCCUGAGAAGCAGCGGCCUGCUGCCAAGGCUCCGUCUCCGUGUGCGUUGGACAGAACCGCUGCAUGGCUGCUCAACAUGAACUCUGCGUCCUCCUACGGCGAGACGGAGGACGAUCGGCAUGACGACGCCCUAGUGGAGAAGUACCAGCAGGAGAUCGCCGUGCUGCAGGAGAAGCUGAGAGUUGCUGCAUUGCGGCAGGAGGAGUGUGAAGCUCGUCUGAUGGUCCAGGACCAGCAGAACCAACGUAUGCUGCAGGAGUACCAGGCUCGGCUGGAGGACACAGAGAGCCGACUGAGGAGACUGCAGGAUGACAAAGACCUGCAGAUGAACAGCAUCAUCAGCAGGUUGAUGGCAGUAGAAGAGGAGCUGAAGAAGGACCACUCUGACAUGCAGGCUGUGGUCGACUCCAAGCAGAAGAUCAUCGAGGCACAGGAGAAGAGGAUUUCCAGCCUGGAUGCAGCCAACACUCGCCUGAUGGCGGCGCUGACGCAGCUGAAGGAGCGCUACGCAGCGACAUCACAGAGGAAUGGUCUGUCUCCUAGCAACACGUCGUCUCUGCAGAUCACCGAGAACGGAGAGUUCCGCAACUCUGGCAACUGCUGAGCUGUGAUUGGCUGCUUCUGCAUGAGGCGGAGCUAACUGACAGAUCGACCAAUCAGUAGUGACUGACUCCACCCCUGUUGCUAGCUUAUCACCCACUUCCUGUUUUUGUUUUGCAUGUUUCUUCUUACAAAGUCUGACAUCAUAUCCUGUUUAUUUUUGGUACUUCCUGUUAAGAGCCAAACACCCAGCUAUCAAAAUGGACACUUCUAUAUGAUUCUACACCACUGGAGCAACUCUGCCUGUGUAUGGCUCUGCUUUGACUGGUCCAUUGGAACCUGCUGUAAUCAUUCUGGUCUAAGUGGAGCAGCUCAUCCUGUUUAUGGCUCUGGUUUAAUUGGAAAAACUCCAUGGCUCUGUGGCUCUGCUGUGACUCUGGUUCUGCUUAGAUCAGACUUUUGGAGCUGUGAUGAACAUCCUUCCGUUUAUGUUUACUGGUUUUAAGGAAUGUUUGGACGUCAGAGAGAACAUCUCCAUCCCGGUCAGGCUAGCGUAGCACCAACACUGGAACAGACCCUCCAGGCUUCCUUAGUUUCAGUAUUUGUUGGUGUGGAUCAGGUUAGAUGCUUGUUUGUGUUGUUUCAGAGAACUUUAAUGUAAACAGCAGAUUUUAUUGUAAACUUGUGCUGAUAGUUUGUGAACACUUCCCCGCUGUGAGAACGUCUCUGCUGUGGUUCUAUCUGUUCUGUAUCUUUGGUUCCCUUUCAGACCCUCUUAUUGUUAUUUAUCCACUUCAGUAUUUAUAAAGAGACGACACAAUAAA